AUGAUCGGCUCAUUUUUAUUUGAUUUAUACGUUGUCAAUGAAACGUCAGAUUCCAGUUUUUGGAAUGAGAUAUGUCAAGCUGGCUGUUCCUCGGAAGAACCCUAUACCGAUGUUUAUUGUUCUACACAAUCAGCUGACACGUAUGAAGAUGGUGGUCCAGCUCUGGACUUGGAAAGUUCACCCUUUUUCCCUGAUCCGUCACUGCUCAGCGGAGAUCCCAAGAAAUCACACAAAUUUCAUCAUCUCAUCAAUAAGAUUCGACGUGCACAUAACUGCCCAGAAUUGUUUCUUCCGGAGAUUCCUCAACUGGAUGAUUCACAAUCAGAUGAUAUUGAUCUCGAAGUAGAUGCUCCACAUUCUCGCCCCCAAACAAGGCCUUUGUUCUUUCAGAGUGAACCUUUAAAAAGCAAAAAAGGUAAAACAGGCUCUUUCUCUGAGGAACCAGAGAAAAACGAUGCUGAUAUGAGAAAUGUGAGAUUACUGCUGGAAACACCAGCUGCAAAAUACCUUAUAUCGAUGGGCUAUGACAGCAAAGCUGUUCUUGAAGCUAUAUCAAGCUACACACAAGCCAUCGGAGAUGUGGAAUUUGACGUGAAUGAUUUAUUAGGCAUUUUAACUGGAGAAGACUCUAAGCCGGGGAAAGCAGCAGUUCACAAUGACUAAAGAAGAUAGGAGAGAUCCUCAUUAAUUGCAUACCUUUUGAAUCUUGUAAUAGUGAUACAGCAAGUAUAUUUGACGUCUCAGUUUGUAUCGUCAAUUCCAACGUUAUGUAUUUUUACGAUGACCUUAGUCUGAUUUAAUGUAAUCAUGUCAUUCGAGACACCUUUAUGAGUAUACAUGUGGCAUUUUGAGUUCUGUACUAGAGACGCGUUUAUAUGUGCUAACGAAACGCUAGAGUUAUCAUCAUGACCUGUGAAACACAGCCAAUCUGUCACUAAAGUCGGUAGUAACCUACUCAACAGGCAUACAGGAUAAUUUAAAACGUUGUGGUUAUUUUACUUUUUAUUACAUUUCAGGAACACCAAAGUGUUUUAUACAUGUGCUUUAUUAUAUAUCCUUCCUUGUUGUAUUUUUUAAACCAGCAUUGACCUUUGUUCUAGAUAUAUUAACGAAGAGAUAUAUUUAUGAUA